CUUUUGGCGUGACUACGAAAAGAGUGCGAUGGUCGGUGCACUCCGAAUGGAAAAGGAAAACUGUAGCAAAUUUUCUCCGUUCGCCGCUGGAAUUAGCCAGUUUGCAAGACCGAAAGCGGACGAUACCGAAACAGGAAAGGCUUAAAAAACUGAACGUUUUUCCCUCCCCCCUCAAUUUUACAACUCUUAAACAACCUCUGACUUGGGAGAAUUCGAAGAAUAACAGGGCUGUGUUUUUUUUGUUUUAACCCUUUAACGAAAAAAGAACAAGUUAGUUAAAACUUUAAUAUCAAAAAGACGACGUAGCAUUUUAAAUCGGAUUUCGCUUUUUAGAGCAUUUAAAAGCUGCUUUAGAUUACCUUUUAGGAAAGGUCAGUAUUGAGUUGGAGUAACUUAACAAGGAUAAAAAUCAGGAGAAAGCAGUCUGGAAAGCCAAGUAAGACGAGGCCCACACACAGCCAUUGCAGCGCUGUGCAGGGAGAGUCGACAGCCUACUUGGUGACAAAAGGACUUCUCCCUGAGGAGCCAAGAAUUGGACGGCUCAUGACUUCAGACCAGGAUACAAAAGUUGUAGCUGAACCACAGGUGCAGCAGGUACAAGAAGCUAAAGACAGCUCCUCUCUGGAAUCUUCCAAGGUUUCUGAUCUGAACCCCAAUGCUAAAGUAUGGGCCAGUCACAUGCUGAGCCUGGAAGCCACAGGGACCGCUGACACGGACACCACCCAGACAUGGAAGCCGGCCAAUCGCAGCUCAGCUGACCCUGGCCCAGAAGGGUAUGAAGCCAAUGAAGACAAAGACGAGCAGCUGGACGAGCCUCUGCUACCCGCCUCAGAGGAGCCUCCUCCGGUAGAGCGGGCAGAGCCAGCGGGAAUGGCCGCCGUCACACCGGAGUCUCCGGACUCCGUCUUCACCGAGUUUGAGUCCGGACUGGACUCAAACCAGACAGGAGGGAGCGAUCCACAGCAGGAGGAUCAGCUCGGAGACCUGAGGGAGCACCUGAAGAAGACCCUGGAGUUCUGCUUGUCCCGUGAGAAUCUGGCCAGCGACAGGUACCUGAUCUCUCAGAUGGACAGCGACCAGUAUGUGCCAAUUAUGACAGUUGCAAAUCUUGACCACGUUAAGAAGCUCAGCACUGAUAUGGAUUUGAUUGUCGAUGUUUUAAGGUCUUUGCCUUUGGUCCAAGUGGACGAGAAAGGCGAGAAGGUCCGACCGAACCAGAAUCGCUGCAUCGUCAUCCUCAGAGAAGUCCCCGAGUCCACCCCCGUGGAGGAAGUGGAAGCUCUUUUUCAGGGAGAGAACUUGCCCAAAUUCAUCAGUUGUGAGUUUGCCUACAAUGACAACUGGUUCAUCACCUUUCAGUCAGAAGCUGAUGCACAACAGGCAUAUCGCUAUCUUCGAGAAGAAGUGAAGAUCUUUCAAGGGAAGCCUAUUAAGGCAAGAAUAAAAGCGAAGGCAAUCGCCAUCAACACUUUUUUGCCAAAGAACGGCUACAGACCAGUAGAUGUGAACCCUUACGCUCAGCAGCGUUACACAUCGUUCUACAUACCUCCAGUGUACAGCCCCCAGCAGCAGUUUCCCCUGUACAGCCUGAUCACCCCUCAGACCUGGUCCACAACGCACAGCUUCAUCGACCCCACGCUGGUAACGCCAUUUCAUAAUACCGGAUUCAUUAACGGAUUUACCACAUCUCACAGCUUCAAGCCCGCUACGUCUCCUCUGACUGUCAGGCAGUACUCUCCAAGGAAUAGGAAUCACAGUAAACCUCACCUGCGGCCCGCCAUGGCCAGCGGGGACCGCGGCUCGGGUCUCCUGGACAGCCCGGCCAUCUUUAACUUCCCCCCCGAGCGCAUCCUGAACGGCGUGCGCAGCCCGCAGGCCCGGCCCCCCGGCCAGAACCGCGCCCGUCUGCAAAGCAACAUGGGAUACCCCCGGAGGGACGUGGGCACGGGCCGGGCGGAGCCCAUCACCACAGACUACUCUCUGAGCAUGGGCAGGGGGAGGAAAAAUAUUUAUGGUUAUAGGAAAAAGAGGGACGACAAGUUUACACGAGCCACCACCCAGUCCCCCCCGCCCCAGAAGCCCCCAUCUCCGAGCUUCGAGCUGGGCCUGAGCAGCUUCCCGCCGCUGCCCGGCGCCGCGGGACACCUCCACUCUGACGACGCCUUCGAGAGCCGCCUGCCCUGCGUGGGCGUGGCAGCUGCUAAGGACAAGAAUGUAAACGUUGAUGCCAGUACCAACACCAUGCCGUCAGGAAUCCCUAAAGAGCCCUCCCAGACUGUUACUGCCCCACUGCCGGUCAGCUCCGAGACCCCUCCGUCGCCGCCCGCGUCUCCGCAAGAGCUGAAGGUCCCAGAGGUACAGCAGAAGGAGGGCCAGGCCCCUGUGGAGCGACUGACCACCAUUCUCACUACUGCGAACAAGUCGGUCCAGGUGAACGGAGCUGCCACAGAGCAUCGGAAGCCCAGUUAUGCAGAAAUCUGCCAGAGGAUAAAAGACGCUUCUACACUACAGCCGCCAAAAGACCUCAAGCCAACCAACGCCCUUCCUGCCGCGGAGGACAGGAAGUGCCCGGACGCGGCGGAGACCAGGUGCAGAGACUCGUACCCCACCGUCAAGGCUGUCCCCGGCCGUCCCAGAGAAGGCCGAAGACAGCCCGGGAGACGACCGUCCCCGCCUGCCCCCCUGCAGGGGGCAGGAAAGGGCUCCAGCAAAGAUCUGUGCACACCCCCGAAAUCGCCGCAGUAAAACACUACCAGGAAUGAAGGUGUUUGAGAGGCGUCAGGGCUAUUCGAUAUUUAUCCCAGAGUCAACAGUCACAACCCAGAAGGCAUAUUGCUGGGUCCAGGGCUUGCCGGAAAAAAAAUGCACUUUUAGUGUGUAGAGCACGUUCUUUACUUUUUUUUUUUUGUUUUUGUUUUUUUCCUUUGCUCUAUUUAGCGUUAAUCAGACCUCCCGUUUACAGGACAGUGGGGUGAUUGACUUGCUCUGUGCGCAAGUAAAAAACUGGCUUCCGGGAUGUUUUGCCACUACCCAAGCGUUUAAGGCAGAAAGCAAGCUACUGACAUCAGAUCUAAUCUUUGGUUUGAAUAGUGCUGAACAGUUAGACUUCUUUUGUUUUGUGCUAUGUUUGGUCCUCUGGUGUAAUUUCGUGUGACUGAGGUGAUCACUGAACCGGUCAUGUUUUGUUUCACGUUUUGUGUCCCAGGUUUGACCCAGUGCAACCGUUUCGGCUGGCUUGAUUGAAAAGAAAUUGAGAACCUUUUUUUUAUUAUUAUUUGCAGGGGAGCAGGGUGGGGGUUUAAUGAGUCAUUGACCCAGCACUAGAACACCUUUUGCCAACCAGAAAUGUGAUUUUCAUUUUGACACCAGCAUGUGACAGCGGUUUUGUUCCAUCAGUCGUAUAUGGGUAUGGUGGCUGGCUGCAAGUUCGUUUCCAAAUGCGUGCUGGUUGUUAAGAGAGCGCCUUAGUUUUGACUUGAUGUGUUUUUAAAAAAAAAAAAAAAAAAAAAUUCAAUUUUGUCCUUUGUCCCAGGAUAAAUUUCCACCAAAUAUUUUUAAAGCAAAAAGCACACACUGCUCCUCUGACCCCCGUAGAUGGAAUAAAUUGGGGUCAGCAGAGAUCUCCAUAUUGUCCUCAGAGGCCAGAGGUGCUCAUCACAUGGGUUUGCUGGUGCCUGUAGACUUUUUAUUGCUGUAAAAUGAGCACUUCAGCAAACUUUGUUCAGCAGGCACAUACACCGCAGGCAUCAGUAACUCCAGUUUCCUCUGCCACUAAAAAUCCAAGGGUUUGGCUCUGUCUGUCAUGGGGGCUCUUCGAUGUGGUGCUAGAGGUUUUAUCCGGAGCUUAUUACAUCAAUCAAUCUGGUACUGUAUGUAGACAAACUUGAUCUAUGUUAAACUUUGCACUACUUGUUUUCCAGAGUCAUUGUUGAAUAUAAUUUCAGUUAUUUCCAAAAGAAGAAAAAAAAAGGGAAAUUUCUUUAACUUACAAUGGGUUAAAUGAUGUUUGGUAGAGUACAUAACAUGCACCUGUUUGUGGUGUCUGUUGCAGCCAGAUCCUUCAGCUCUGAAUCUAGUGUUAAGUGCAGAUUCAGAGGUCCUUAAGGACGUAAAUGUCCUUAUUACCUAACUUGCAUAUGACGGAACCUUUCAGUUGAGUAAAACCUAAAUAAAGUUACUGAGUAAUUCAACAUACGUGACCCUGAGAGUGAAGAGAAUUUCAAAACGCCGUACCAAUGGAAGUCCACGUCUUGCCUCUCAGAGAUAAGCCCAUGCCAGCCUGACAUUCUGAUCUCACUGUGGUGAACCCCUUGUUUUCUUGUUUGCUUUAUCUUAUUGUUAUACCGGACUAAUGUGCUCUUACAGGUCUAAACUCAAGGCAGUGUAAUUACGUUCCAUUUGCAGUUGCUGUGUGUCUGCCAUUUUUUUUUUUUUUUUUUUUUGGACAUGCUCAGUAGAAGCGAUUUGCUUUGCUGUUGGACACGCCGUCUGUGGUUGGUUCAGUAUUCCAGUAUUUUUUUUUUCUCCUCCCUUUUUUUUUUUUCUUUCUUUUUCCCCCCUGGUAAGGAUACAAAGAUGGUGUCCCAGAAUUAACUGUGGAAAAUGGAAUUCCCUCAUUACUGUGAAGAAACAAAAAAAAAAAAAAAAAA